ACACAAGAAUAGUAUAGUCGAGGUUUCGUUUCGAAUGUUGCCUGAUAUGGUCCCCUACAAAGGACCUGCUUGAGACCCGAGAUAAGUUUCUUGAAUCGUGGAACACAAACGCUUCGUGCAGGUGGGUUGGGGGAGCAGGCCGGUCACCGAAACACGACGUCGUCGAUUCACAGAGGGCACGGACAAGUGCUGCAGAUGAGCGGGCGCACAAGGCAGGAAGGAGGCUCGUCGCUGACAUUGAAUCGUGCGCCGAGUAUCGUCUCCUGCUUUCAGUGUUACGGUGUUGAAAACACCGGCAAGUUCCCGGGGCAAGUGCUGUGAACUUGGUCAGCUGAGCUUUGUCCGUCGAGAAUUGACGGAAGGUGAGAACAAGUUGUUGAAGCGCGGGGCGCCGAAAUGGGUACCAGGGCCAUCAGUGACGAUGAGGAUGACGAGUAUGAAGAGGAGGCUGAUGCCCAGGAUCCAGAGGCAGGUGUAGAUGAGGAUGAGGACGAGGAGGAGGAUGAAGAGGAGGGUCAGGAUGAAUAUGAGAAGGAUGGAUUUAUUGUAGAUGAAGACGAGGAUGAAGAAGACCCUGAAGAAGAAGAGCAGGCCAGAGAGAGCAGUGACGACGAGGCUAAAGCCAAGAAAAAGAAGAGGAAGAAAAGGGCUGAAGAGAAUGAUCAGCUUGAUGAAGACGAUUACUUGCUUCUUCAAGAAGCUAAUGUAACUGGAUUCCAUCGCCCGCCUCCGAAGUCAGGUAAUAAAACCAAAUUUAAGCGUUUGAAGAAAGCUGGAAAAGGAGGCGGCGAUGGAGAUCGUGGGUCAAGGAUGGGCCUGUCAGAUGAUGAGGAGGAGGAGGAUGAAGGAGGAGGCAGAAGAGGUCGCACUGCUGAAGAGGAGCUCAAACGCACUUUGUUUGGUGAUGACGAAGGGAGUGUACCUCCUGAUGAUGUUGCAGAAGAAGAGGAGCCUGAAGAGGAAGAGGAGAUUGGUGAAGAAGAGGACGAGAUGGCGGAUUUCAUUGUCGACGAAGAAGAGCUGGAGGAUGAUGGACAACCUUUCCGGAGGAAGAAAACGAAGAAAAAGAAAGCACCUAGGCAGGCUCCAGGAAUAUCAUCUUUUGCCUUACAAGAAGCACAAGAUAUCUUUGGAGAUGUUUCUGGUCUCUUGGAAGAACGGCGUCAACGUGAGAUGGAUGCACAGAAAGCUGAGAUGGAAGUAGACGAAGACGAAGAUGGUUUUGGUAGGAGCAGACCCAGUAAGAUGCUGGAAAAACAGUUCGAACCCAGUCUUCUUGAAGAAAAAUACAUGACGGAAAGGGAUGAUAAAAUACGUGACAUAGAUGUAGCAGAGCGACUUCAAUUACUGGAGGAGGUUGUUGGCCCCUUCCCUACAUCUGACACAUCGGCUAGGGAGGCAGUGUGGAUAUAUGAAAGAGUCUUUGGUAGUCAAGCAUUGUAUAGGCGUCCAGAGUUUGAUAAAAUCGCAAAGAUGGAGAAGGAGGAAAUAGUGAGACAAAUUGACAACGUUCUGCAUCUGAUUCACGAGGAGAAACUGGAGAUACCGUUCAUUGCAAUGUAUAGAAAGGAGAAAUGCAUUGACCUUCUACACGAACCUGAGGAACAGAGCAGAGAUGUCGAAGCUGAAAGGCGAGUGAAGUUGAAGCGUCAGGAGGUGCUUUGGGCAUUGCACCACUGGGACAAGAAAUGGUUACUUUUGCGUAAGCGAAAACUAGGUUUACAAGCUGCUUACGAGAAGCGAAACCUGGUUGAUUCGAGAAGAGGAAUUGCCCGAGAAGAUUUGUUUCAAAAGCUGCUAGAAGCGCUAAGUGCAGCGCAGUCUGAUCAGGCUGUGGACGAUGUGGAUGCUAAGUUCAACCUUCACUUUCCUCCUGAUGACGUGGACUUGGAACCCGGUCAAUUCAAGCGACCAAAGCGUCGCUCAUUCUACAGCGUCUGCCGCAAGGCUGGUCUAGGAUCUGUGGCUGUCUACUUUGGUCUUACUCCUGAGAAAUUUGGGGAGAAUAUAUCAGCCAUGUACAAGAGGCACGAAGUGGAGGACGAAGCUUCUCCUCCUGAGGACGUUGCAAACGGUCAUGUUACCGGCGAGUUUCGUGAUCCUCUGUCCGUCCUGAAAGGCGCUAGACAUAUGGCCGCUGUAGAGAUCAGCACUGAACCUGCCGUUCGAGAGUACGUCCGCCAUGUCUAUUUGGAGAAGGCGGUCAUUAGCACCAGACCAACAACAGAUGGGAAUACGGCCAUUGAUGCAUUUCAUCAGUAUGCCGGUGUGAAGUGGCUGCAAAAUAAGCCAGUCAGUCAGUUUGAAGAUGCUCAAUGGCUUCUUAUUCAGAAAGCCGAAGAAGAGAAGCUUCUAGAGGUAGUCAUUGGACUCCCGAAGAAUGUGACAAACGAGCAACUGAUGCCAGAAUUCGAAGCAUGGUACCUCAGUGAGCGGGUGAGCAGAACUGCUCAGCUUUGGAACGAGCAACGAAGGCUUAUACUGAAAGACGCAUUGCACACCAUGUUGUUACCAACAAUGGAGAAAGAGGUGCGGAUGAUUCUGACCGCAAGAGGCAAGCAAUGGGUGUCCGCACAAUGUGGGCUGGAGUUGUGGAAAAAGGUUUCUGUAGCUCCCUAUUCGAGAGCGGAUGAUGACCAAAUGGAUUACGACGAAAUGCCCCCAAGGGUAAUGGCUUGCUGCUGGGGUCCUGGCAAGCCUGCAACAACCUUUGUUAUGCUUGAUGCUGCCGGAGAGAUUGUUAAUAUACUCCAUACUGGUUAUCUGACCAUCAGGGCAGGUAGCGCAGAACAACAAGCGCGGAAGAAACAGGACCAGGCGAAGCUCCUGCAAUUUGUGAAGGAUAGCCAGCCACACGUAGUUGUUUUAGGGGCAGCCAACCUCGCUUGCCGCCAUUUGCUGGCGGACAUACACGAGGUUACGUUCAAAAUUGUCGAAGAACACCCUCGAGAUCUAGCGGAAGGUCUAGAUACUAUAAACGUUGUCUUUGGUGACGAAACGAUUCCUCAGCUCUACGAGAACUCCCACAUCUCGGAGGAACAGCUUGUGGGGCACCCAGGCAUAGUUCGACGAGCUGUUGCUCUGGGUCGGUUUCUGCAAAAUCCUCUUGCCAUGUUGGCUACACUGUGUGGUCCUAGCAGAGAAGUGCUCUCUCUGAAGCUUCACUCCAUGCAGAGCUUUCUCUCCCCAGAGGAAGUUUAUGAGUCCGUGGAGCGCGUCAUGGUUACAGUUACGAAUCAAGUCGGGAUUGAUGUGAAUCUAGCAGCUUCGCACGAUUGGUUAUUUGCACCUUUGCAGUUUAUUUCUGGCUUGGGCCCUCGUAAAGCCACAUACAUUCAGCGCUCUAUACAAGGUGCGGGGAGAGUUACUUCUCGCAAGGAGCUACUUUUGGCUUUGAGGAUAAUGGGUCGACGAGUGUUCAUAAACGCAGCCGGAUUUAUUCGUGUUCGUGGGACGGGACAAGCCUCGACAGGGAACCAGUUAUUAGACCCAUUAGAUGACACACGUAUCCAUCCUGAAUCUUACGAGGUUGCUAAAAGAAUGGCGGAGGACGCAUACUGUGAAGAAGAAGGAACUCAAGUGGAGGACAUGGACGAUGAAACUCUAGAGUUAGCCAUCGAACAUGUGAAGAAGCAUCCUCGUUACUUGGCCAGUAUGGAUAUGGAGGCGUAUGCAAAUUUUCUGGCAAAAGAUGGACCUAGCAGAGAUUUGCAGACUUUAUUGAUGAUUCAGGCGGAGUUGCAAAACGGAUAUCAGGAGUGGAGGGUCAAGUAUGUAUCACCGACAGAGGAGGAAGCCUUUUUUAUGCUUAGCGGCGAGAAUGAGGACACGUUGACCGAAGGCUGUCUUGUGCACGCAACAGUGCGCAAAGUGCAACAAAAUCGAGUCAUGUGUGUUCUGGAAUCUGGUUUGAUGGGGAUAAUACAUCAAAAGGAUCUCUCAGAUGAGAACAACGUUGAUCCGGCUGAUAAAGUAUCCGAAGGGUCGAUCGUGACCUGUAGGGUCAAGGAAGUGAACAAAGCUAUGUUCUUGGUAAAUUUGACGUGCAAAGGAAGUCAGUUAAGGGGGGAGAAUUGGACACCUCGAAGACCCAAGGACCCGUACUUCAAUCAGGACACAUCCUUUUUGCGCGCCGAGCAGGAGAAAGCAAAGAAGAAGAGUGACGAGGAAAAGCGGAAGGCGUUCAAACCUCGUAUGAUUGUGCACCCACAGUUUCAAAACGUGUCUCUGGCGGACGCCAUAGAGGCACUAGCGGAGAAAGAUGUCGGGGAGGUUAUUAUUCGACCUAGUAGUAAGGGUCCCUCUCAUCUAUCCAUGACGUUGAAGUUCUACGAUGGGGUGUACGUUAACAUUGACAUUGUGGAGGGAGGAAAGGAUAGUAGAGACAUGACAAGCUUUCUUCGAAUCGGAAAAACUCUUACAAUUGGCGAUGACACUUUUGAAGAUCUCGACGAGGUCAUUGCGAGAUACGUAGAUCCUCUCGUAGGUCACGUGAAAAAUGUCUUACGGUAUAGAAAGUUCAAACGAGGUUCGAAGGCGGAAGUGGAUGAUUGUCUCCGAAUACUGAAAAAGGAGAAGCCGAUGGUCAUUCCCUACUUUUUCUCCAUCUGUCACGAGCAUCCGGGUGCCUUUAGGUUGUCCUAUAUCAAGAGUGUAAGCACAGUUAGUCAUGAAUAUAUUAGCGUCUCUCCUUCUGGCCUCAAAUUCCGGAAGAGAGUUUUUGAUACACCCGAGAAACUGGUGUAUUACUUCCAAAAACACUUCAAUGAGUCACUGCCUGAAGUGGCGCCACGGCGUGCCGUUGCAGCCAUGGUGCCACCAAGAAGUCCAGCACCUAGUGCUAGUGGGAGUUUUAGGAGCGGUGGACAAUGGGGCCCUGGAAGGUCUGGUGAAGGAACCGGGGCCGGUGGUUGGGAUGGGAGCAAUGGCUGGGAUCGUGGUGGAGGAAGGGGUAGAAACAGCGGAUGGGGAAGGGGCGUGGCAGCUCCUGGAGGAGGCUCCGAAUGGGACCGAAACAGAGUGGGUGCAAACUCUGGUAGUGGAUGGGACAGAGCCGGUCCAUCGUCCCAAGGUCAGGGCAAUGGCUGGAAUAAUUGGGAAGGGAGUGGAUCUGCUACGGGCUAUGCGGGAGGCAGGGGAGGGAAUAUGCCUCCACCAUCUGGACAAAGCGGAUGGGAUAAUAGGCCACAGCAAGCCCCACAUGAUGGGUUUAAACCCGGAGGCAACGGCUGGGCAGCUAAUGAUACUGGAUUCUCAGAUGCCGCGUCGCUUACUCCAAUUUCAGAUUCUAGCUGGGGUGUAAGGAAGACAGCUACUGGUGGUGGCAGUGGCUGGGACAGUGGUGGUGGCAAUUGGGAUCGGCCAUCGGCAGAGCGUACACCUAGCCGAAGUGGAUGGGACUCCGAACAAGAAUCCCAAGGCACAGCUAGAAGCAGCUAUGAGGCCACAGCAAGCAAGUCUGGAUGGGACAAACCUGCACCAGCAGCGAGAACCGGUGCCAGUGGCUGGGAGCAGUCGAGAGGGGAUCCUCGCCGUGCAGGUGUUGUACGAGACGGUAGCAAGAGAAGUGGUUGGGACAACCCUGCACCCAAGCCUGCUGGUGAGAGUCAGACUGGCUGGGAUGCAACUCCGGAGACUAAUCAGAGCGGAGGCAGUAGUGCCAUGUGGGAAGGAUCAGCAAACCCAAAUGCCAGGAAAGCUGAUGGGACCACUUCUUGGGAUAAACCGCCGGCCCCUACAGAGCAACCUAAUCAAAGCGAUAGUGCUUGGACCUCUACAGAGCCCAAUGCCACGGCCCCUGCGUGGGGUUCUAUAGCGAACGAAAAGGGUAAAGAAGGCAGCAACUGGACUCAACCGAGUUCAGCAUCGCCUGCUGAAAGUGGUUGGGGCGCUUCCCAAACAGAUAACAAGUGGGACUCUGGAGGGGCUAGCAAAGAGAAGCCUCCAGGCGGGACUAGCGACCAGGCUCACAAGAACACGGGCUGGGAUACUCCUUCCGGGGAAGUGGGUAGCAAAGAUAGUGUGAGUAACUGGGAGGCUCCCAAGGAGAAGCUCACUCGAAGUGGGUGGGACAGCAUGGACGUUGAAGCCUCCGAAUCUGGAGGAAGCCGAACUGGAUGGGAUGCCGCACCUGUCGACAAAGGCGUAACGAGUAACUGGGAUCAGCACGGAGCAAAACGCCAGGGUGGUGGUGAGCGACAAAGGGCUGACCCUCGCCGAGGGAGUAGUGGUUGGGACCAACCAGCUCGAGAUGAUACUCGCCAGAGUGGUUGGGAUCGGCCGUCGGCCAAGCCAGUAAGAAGUCAGUGGGAUCAGCCUGCAUACUCACCAGCUCAACCUGGAUGGACAUCCGAGUGGGAUAAAUCCUCAAACAUUAAAGGAAGUGACAGCCUUCCAGAGCACCCUCCUCCACUUCCUCCCCCACCACCUCCCCCUCUAUCCGCAAAACAUCCCGGUGACAGUAACUGGAACGCCGAGUCUGAUCCGCAUGGGGGUAGAAAUAGUGGCUGGGCUACUUCUGAACCUGGUGCUCCUGGAGUUCCUGAAAGUAUCACUGAGCCUGCAGUACCUGGUGUUGCAAGCCAACACCCACUAUCAUAUCCCUCUGUAAGAUAGGGGGGUUUUUUUUUGGGGUCAAAAGCCCUCAUCAUUCUUGGUUGUUUAUUACGAGCAUUAGUUGUUAAUGUUCAAUUCUACUUCCAACAGAAACAAGGUACUUGCGAUGUGUAUUUUAACUGAUCAGAUUUGUGUGAAGUACGAGCCCUUUACAAGAUCAUUUUACAGUGCAUGAAUGCGAACUUCGAAACUUGUUCAAAACUGAAUAAGUUAGUUGUAGUGAUCAAGAUCUGCCACUGUGCAAGUUUGGUAGCAAGCACGGUAGCGUUUUACAAGCCACCGUAGGGAUGCAAAGAAGUAAUCAUCCAAAACCGAGUUGUGAAUCGAAGGAAAUUAAUAUAUGCCGCCGUAACUAGCUUGAGCUUUGAGAACAUGCGUUUUUAUGAGCCAGCGUGUGUUAGAAGAUCAUGCAAACUUGUUUAGGAGUAGUUUGUAGUAAGUUACGUUUCUCAUAGUAAAGUAAAAAGCUCCUCCUUCCUAUUCUACUCCUUUGUUUCGUAGAGGCGUAGAGUAGGGUCCCAAUGGUCGUACCUCAUGGAUCUGAGCUCUUCGGUCUCCUUGCUUGUCAAGCCCUUGCUGUCAAUCAC